CAGCACUAAACGGCCAACAUGCCAAAGCGCGCGCACUCUAGAAGUAGCACUGCUUCGACUGAGGACAGUGACUACAAUGCAGAAUCUAACGUCUUUGGCCCAACGAAGCGCCGCGCGCAUUCCGCUCCGCCCCGCAGCUUGUCGCCAUUACCUGUCAACGGCAACCUCGAUACUCGGGGGUGUAAGCUGCCUCUGACGCGCGAAAACCUCACAGAGCAUACCCUCAGCACAUCCUUACAGCACUCACACCCACCGGAGCCCGUCUUAGACACCGGUAGCUCUAUUCCCCCAUCUGGGCCCCCGCCGUCCAUGUCGGCGCGAUCUGGGUCGCCAACGCGGAGCGCCUUGGACACGCGCGUCACGCUGCAAUCUUAUCGCGUCGAGGUCGAUACGCAUCGCGAAUUGCCGGCCGAACUUAGGAGUCACCUCGACACAGUACUGUUGUGCAAGCGAGAUGGACCUCGCUCGCCCAACGCCCGCCGCGUCGUGCAGCAUCGCCUUGCCGCCUCGCUUGAAAAUGAGAGCACAGGCAUUCGUCGCCUCGAGCCGUUGUUGCUCUUUGCCGGCGAAGACGACCCGAGCGCAAUCCAUCCCGUGCCUAUGAUCUCCAGCAAACUUGACUUCAACCUGUCACCUCCGGGCAAGACGCUCCCCCGAUUGUCGCAGCGUCAGGCCGAUACCAUCAUUGGAUAUCUGUCCAAUUCACAGGCCUACGAGUCCACGCUGCAGACCGCCUUUACGCCCGACGAAGAGGCUGCGCUCGCCGACUUUACACUUAACCCUGUCCUUGUCUUCCCUUUUCUUAGUUCCCAGUGGAAACCCGCUACCGGCGAAUCGCACAUUGUAGCCCACUACCAGAGCGCCCGUGAUGGCGCCGCGAUCGUCCGCUACCUCGACGAGUUCUACAGUAUCGCCUAUGGCCGACCUGCGACAGCGCUCGAAUGCGCACACGUCUCUUUCACCUGCGAUUACCAGGCGCUCAACAUCUGGCUGCACUGGCGCGAGCUGGACGCGGCCGGUGAUGCGACAUACUACAUGAAGAGCAUCUUCGACUGCACCUUGCGUAAUGAAAAGCACCUUCUUGAAGCGCGGGAGCUGCUGUGGAAUCACAUCGAUUACGCGCUAGGUAGCCGGCUGCACUCACUAAAAGACGCACUACCGUCUUUCUGCACUGAGUUUCCCAAGCGGCAAUCCAAGACCACCAAGUCCAUCGGCUCGUCCAGAGCCUCCGUUCAAUCCGACUCCAGAGUCCUCGCCUCGAUCUCCCUGCCACCCACACCUUUGUCGAACCACAAUGAGCACGACCCAGUUAAACGGUACAACAAGCGGCUGCGGACUGGAGAGAAUGAUCAUGGGUGAAGUCGGCAAAUGCGGCAUCGCUGUAGCGUGUAUCGCAUAAACGUUGAUACCCCUUGAUUCUGUGCGUCGUACACAUCCAUCUCAUCUCGGCGCAACGUUCGGAGUGUCGCUGCUUAGGUGUUGACUGCGACGAUGAAGUCUUUACGGGUUUUAGCGUGGUUUUCGGGACUCCAUCACUUAUCAACCGCGUACAACACACCAGCACCGCCAGAUGCGACUCGGCAGAACCCAUUCGCAUACCACCUCA